AGAGGUUCAGCCAGGCUCCAAGAAAAAGGCGUUCAUUCGAAACUACCAGGGCUGGGCUUUGCUUUUCUCACUCCAGACCUUCUGGCAAGGCGUGCCUCUCACAGAGCACCGAGGGUUGGGGCUGAUAGGGCUGUGGGCACUGGAACUCAGUAGGAUGCAUGCAGUGGCCUCACCAGCCUUCCUCUGAAAGCAACUGCUGCAGGAAAUGCCCAUCUUUUGGGCUUCUGAGCAAAACACGCAGGCUUUGAAGAGAUGUAGCUUGCUUUUGGUUUGUAGCAACAAACUUGCAAUGAAGGAUCACCCUCUGAGUGGGAGCCAGGUCAAAGUGGAACAAUUGUUUGAGGACUCUGGGAACAGGAGGAGCAGUACCCUUCAGUCUGCAGGAAUUACUUGUUCAGAAAGAUCUCUUCCUUCCCUCACAAAAGAUAAAAGCAUAGAGAGCUUAAGCACUUCUAAAGGUGGCAGCAGUUCCUCAAAAGCCCACAAGGCCGUUUCCCAGGCUCCAGAGCAAGCUGUCAAACAGUACAAGCAUCAAUUAUCUGCAUAUGAGCAGCAAGAGAUAUUUAACUUCUCUGAGAUUUACUUUGUGGGUCCAGCUGCAAAGAAGAGGCAAGGAGUGAUUGGUGGACCCAACAACGGAGGUUAUGAUGAUGACCAAGGCAGCUACAUUCAUGUGCCCCACGACCAUCUCGCUUACCGCUAUGAAGUGCUCAAAAUCAUCGGCAAGGGCAGUUUUGGACAAGUUGCUAAAGUCUACGAUCACAAACUCCACCAGCAUUUAGCCUUAAAGAUGGUUCGUAAUGAAAAGAGAUUCCAUCGGCAAGCAGCAGAAGAAAUCCGGAUCCUGGAGCACCUGAAGAAGCAGGAUAAAACUGGCAGUAUGAACGUUAUUCACAUGCUGGAAAGCUUCACCUUUCGGAACCACAUCUGUAUGACCUUUGAACUCUUGAGUAUGAACUUGUACGAGCUGAUAAAAAGAAACAAGUUCCAGGGCUUCAGCAUCCAGCUGGUGCGCAAGUUUGCUCACUCUAUACUGCAGUGCUUGGAUGCUCUCUAUAGAAACAAAAUCAUACACUGUGACUUGAAGCCGGAAAAUAUCCUCCUCAAACAGCAAGGGAGGAGUGGAAUCAAGGUUAUAGAUUUUGGGUCCAGCUGUUUUGAGCACCAAAGAGUCUACACGUACAUUCAGUCUCGAUUUUAUCGAGCACCGGAGGUAAUUCUAGGCAGUCGCUACGGGAUGCCCAUAGACAUGUGGAGUUUUGGCUGUAUUCUGGUGGAGCUGUUGACUGGAUACCCUCUUUUUCCUGGAGAGGACGAGGGAGACCAGUUGGCUUGUAUGAUGGAGCUUCUUGGCAUGCCCCCUCAGAAGCUUUUGGAUCAAUCCAAGCGAGCCAAGAACUUUAUCAACUCCAAGGGUCAUCCUCGCUACUGCACUGUGACGACACAUGCAGAUGGAAGAGUGACCCUCAACGGGAGCCGAUCGCGCAGGGGAAAAGUGCGAGGGGCUCCAGGGAACAAGGACUGGGUGACAGCACUGAAAGGCUGCGACGAUCCCUUGUUCAUAGAGUUCCUAAAGGAAUGUCUCAGCUGGGAUCCUGCUGUGCGCAUGACUCCAAGUCAAGCUUUAAGGCACCCCUGGAUUUGUAAACGAACCCCCAAACCACCCAGCACUGAUAAAGCCUCCAGUAAAAGGAUUUCUAGCUACACGAGUUCCUUCACAGGAAUUGGUUCCAAGUUGCCUCCUGUGGUUGGGGUAGCAAACAAGCUGAGGGCUAACUUAACAUCCGACGCCAAUGGCAGUAUACCUUUAUGUACUGUGCUGCCAAAGCUGGUCAGCUAGUAGCAAAUGACAUAUUGCCAGAAUACGUACUUUUUAUUUUAAUUAUUUGUUAAUAACGUCAAAGGAAGUUAAAGGCAGAGGUUUUUAAUGGAUUUAAACACUUAAAGGCCUAACUUUUAUCAAACUGUUUCUCUCGCAGCGUGGUGCGUGUGGCAUCCUGGGUAGGUCAGCUCAUCUGAUGGGUAACGUGGCAGUUUGGCUGCUAUGCUAUUUAAUAAUGCUGUUUUGCAAACCAAACUAUUUCUUAUCAAGACAGGUUAGGAGAUUAUUUUGCUUAAGACAGCAAGGGAAAUUGAUUUAUGAUGUGUAUUUUCAGUUAAUCCCCAAAUUAACUUUUUUUUUUUUAAUUGUAUUCUAGGGAGAGUUUUUACAUCUGUUGUCACAAGCACAAAUGCAUUAUUGGUGUAAUGCAUUAAGAACUCACUAACUUAUGUCUGAAGGAUUGGAUUCCUCUGUGCUGCUUUUCCCUCUUCUAAGAAUUUUAAGAAAUACCUUUGGGUAGAAACACCAACAAAUGUGGUGUUGACAUUUUGUAGUCUGAUUUUAAUUCUUUUUUUCCAGGGACACCAUGGAACACAGGAGGUGUAGAUAGAUGUAAUUCCUGCACAUGUGCUAUUUCCCUUAACAGUCUGUGGAAGGCUGACAGGGAAGCUCAAGGAGCAGAAGGAAUCCAUUGCAGGCCUGGGCUGCUUUGUUUGGGGCUGAUGAUUGCAUUACAUGUUUCUUGGAGCUCAGAUUUAUAAGUUCUCCCAGGUGUGUGUGUGUGUGUGUUUGCUCAUUGAUGUGAGCUCUUGGUUGGUUUGGUUUUGUUGUUGUGUGUGGAGUGAAUUCCAUUAAAUUCCAUGGAAAUCUAAAGCAUGCCACCCUGAUCAGGCAAGUAAAAGUUCUCAAGGCAUAGGAUAUAAUAAAACAUGUGUGGAACAGGCCUAAUAAAUAGAACAGCUCUCCAAAAUCUCAAUGUAGUCUCAGGAAGGACUGAUAAGAUGCAAAAACUCAUAGAUCCAAAUCAAGCUGCGUUAUGAGAUGAAUUAUUUUAAUUCUAAUCGCAUUCCUUCGGGUCUGUGCGAGGUGUUUCUGCAUGCCUGAGAUGUGUAAGCUUCUCAUUUCUUUAUCUUCCAAGAACACGGGGUGAUGGUGUGACCUGUAACGACAGCAGCACAACUUGUUCUGGUUCUCAGCUCUUGGAGCCACAUGGCAUGGGUCCAUUUACAAAAACAUCUGAUCUCCUGCCAGGUUCCUGAAUGCAAUUUUAAACACAAUUUAGAGCCUUUAUGAAGAGAGGGUUUUAAAUUUAAUGAGUUUCUCUGCAGCAAGUUUUUAGUACUGAAACAAGGAGACUUGUUCUACAAACAAACAAAAAAAAAGGCUCAGGGUGAUUUGUAAGAUAAGGUGACCACAUGUUCAAUAGCAGAGUUGCCUUCUGAGAAGAUGGGGCUGUGCUUUCAGCUUCGCCCUGCUCUAAUUACAGCACUGCUCAAAAGCUGGAUGGAAAGGCCAAAGAGUCAGAGCCAAAGCCCCAGGCUUCCCACAACUGUUCUUUAAGCAGAGAUUCUCACACAGGAGCUUUGCUGACUUGUGUUUUAUGAGGGUAAAUGCACUCAGUUCAGUGAUGCUAUUAAAACAGUGAAGUCUAGCUUUUAUCCACGUGGCCACGAGCAACACCAGUGCAUGUGUUGUUUGUGGUUCACUUCAUAAUAAGGUGUGAGUGGUGUUUUUGUUUGGCAGAGCUGAGCACUGUUUUGUUAGAAAGUACAACCAGGGAAACGGAUUUUGGGGGGAUGUGGUGGAACAACACCACCAAUUUUAGCAGCGUCUCUAAUAGAUGUGACACAUUUCUCAAAGCCAGGAACAUCCUAUUUCCUCCUCUGACUUUCCUAUUUGCAUUUUUAACUAUAUGUAUAUAUAUUUUUGUCUUUUAAACCAGCUGGGUGAGGAAGAAGGGGAACCUUUUGAGGAGCAGUAGCUUGGUAAGAAAGAUGUGUAGAAAAGGAGCACUUUCUAUAGAAAGACUGUACAGUGGUGGUAGUGUUUGGAGCCAGGAAGACAGAGAGUUUGUGUUAGGAGCUGUGCAAGGAGAAGAUGGAAUACCCUUUUUUCAGGAGCAGCGACCAGUGGCUUGGCAGUAGAACACUUUUCAUCUCUGCAAUACCCAAAGUGGAAUGAUUAUUCUCCUGGGACUUCUGGUUAUGACGAGGUAACUUCUCAUGUCACAGCUGUGAAACUACAAAUGGAGUCAUUAGCUGGCAAAAACAUUGGCUUUUUCCUUCAAAAAUGUGUUUGCCUUGACCUGACCAGGCAAGGUGCUCUCUGUGAGCUGUGCAUGUUUAAGAAUCAGCCUCAUUUACCUGGGACUAUUCCUGUAUUUUAAAAUCACACAGUUAACUAUCUUGCUAAUUUGAGGCUCUGAUCGAUGUGGCCACAGCAGAUGAGAAGGAAAAAGAAGCAACUUUGGAAGAUUUCUACCGUAUUGAAAAAAGGUUCUACAUAACCCAGAGAGCACAGCUCUGUGUUUAUUUACUAAGCCCCAUUUUCUUACGCAGUAUUUGCUUUCUAGGAAGAGUGUGGCACGGUGUGCCCAAAGUGGGAGAGCCCUUCAAGGGAGAUAAUGAAUCCUGUGUCUUGGGAGAGCUGAGUUCUCAUCCCUACAAACACUUCCCUUGUUGAACUCGUGGUGGGUUCCUAUGGGAAUCACACCCAGCCGUGCUCACAGGGCUGGAACACAGGCUGUGUUGUUAACAGUGUUGUUUAUCAACCACGGAUGUGUUUGCAGUGUCAGUCUUGAGUGAGAUGAUGUGGAAGCUCAAAUUCACAUUUGCUUUUUGGGCAGCCGAGCACUAUAGUGAGAUCUGAGGUUGUCAGGAGUGCAUCACUUUUGUUACUUGUGAUACUGGUUAGGAUGCUGAAGUGAUACAGGGCUGAACUCAUCUAAAUAGAUGAACAAGACAGUGUUUGUUUUUGUGGAACCUCUUUGUUUUGUCAGCACUCGUGAGGUUCCCCUGCACCCUCAGUCAUGUUAGGAAGUUAGCAUGCCACAGAUGUCAAUUGCUUGGGAUUCUGACAAAACAGGCAUCACGUUUCUAGGAAUUGUAAUGAAGUCAUCCAGACUUGUUUUUCAGUGUUCCUUACGGUGUUCCUUCUGUUUGACUGCUCGUUAUCAUUACUCUUUGUGUCAGAAGUAACACGCUGUUUGCUGUCUGCAUUUUUAGCUGUUUGUUUUAGCAGUAUUUGUAAUACAAAACAAAUGACAAGGCACGAGCAUCUGCCAGAUAUGCAUUGCUUUUACGCUGGGGUCCAAAUACUACGCAGCUGUCUCAGUUGCAAGGAGAAACUUGUUUCUGUUUGAACUCAGUGGGGCAGUGAUGUGGUCACUGUGGGAUGCAGUGCUGCAGCCCCCAAAGCAGGCUGGUUUGGGCUCAUCAAGGGCAGGCAGCGCACACUCUGCCUCCAAUGUGCUCUUUGCUAGGGUUUGCUGCCCAGUCUGUCCUGUCUGAACAGGAGUUGUGCUUGCCUGGUAAGCUCAGAGCUCAGAACAAACCCCUCUGUAAGGUUUGAGGUGCAUUAUGCAGUCUAUCAUUGUUUACAAUAGCUGUGAGGGCUUCCGUGCUGUUGGAAGCUGUUGGAAUUUCGCAGUAGAGGUUCUUUGCAAUGGUCAUCUUUGAAUCUACCUCUGAAAUAAACCUCGGGUCCUUUCUAAAGGGAUGUUCACCGCAGACUGCAGCUCUAUUUUGUUUUUUUAAAACACUGAUAGCUGUUUUGGCUGUGAAAUGUACACAUGAUGAUCUCAGCAAUGUCUUACUAAUCCUAUCCACAUAAGCGAAAGGCUGAUUGUGCACUCAGAUCUGGGCUGAAAUGAUUGACACAAAUCCCCUGCCUGCCAAAGUUUAAUGCUGGUAUGGAAGCGAAGAGCCAAAAUAACAUGGGAAGAUCUGCAGUGCUUCUGUGUGAUACCCAGCUGGGAUGGAAAGCAAGCCACAGUGAAAGACUUUUCCUUAAUUAAAAGAGCUUGCAGCUUUUCCAUGCGUCGAGCACUAGGAGCUGUGGGUACCCAGCAUGUCUGAAACUGGACAUGAUGGUUUUUAUAUCUGAUGUAUAUCACAGAUACCACUUGAUGAUUAUUCUUUUAUUUUUUUUUAACUUGAUAAGGGUUUGGGGAAAUGUCUACACUUCCCACUUUGCAUAAAAGAGCUCUCGAGUGUUCAGAAGCUCCACCACCACUUUGUUCUCAGCUCCCACUGUCACGUUUUAGACCUUGGGGUCAUCAGAGCAGUCUUGCAUGGGUGAGCAUUGCUGUGUUCAGAGGGAGCACAGACCUCAGCCCUGCAGGAACAACCCGUGUUCCCUAUCCAUAGUACUGUGCCUUAUUAUUUGACCAGCCUACAUUUGUCUUGGUGCAAUGAAUUUACUAUUCAGGGUUUCUUAUACUUUGCAGCUGUCCACACUAAAUGUCGGUGCGUGUGAGGAAUUUACAGGUUAGCCUUCUUUAUUGUAAAUACUGUGAGGUGGAAAUGUAGGAAACACUUAAGGUGCAUGUGAACAUAACCCUGUGAAGGAACACUUGAAGUCGGUCUCAAGCUCUGUAUCUCAAUGUGACGGGCAGAUAUUUCCUAAUGUUGUACUUCAGUUCGUUUUUAAAAGAAAAUAAAUGCAUAAUUUUCUUUAGCAUCAGACUGUGAAUUCCUGAAAGAAGAGCUUGGUUUUAAUCUAGUAUGGAUUGCUUCCAGUGAGUGCAAAGUGCUGCUGUUGUUUGUGUGGCCAGGUGCUGCCCUUCGUGUCGAAGCAGAGAUGGGCAGGAGGUUUUUGGACCCUACGUGGUGAUUUCAGUGUCUCUGUGCUGAUGGAGCUCUCUGAUGUGACAAACGUGCUGUAAUUAGAACAUCCCGCAGUUUUGCCAUAACAUUGGUUGGUCAUCACUUUCUUAUUUAGCCCAGUGUUCUUUUUAAGGCUCAGAAUCCUGCUUAUCCCCGGGCUGCGCUGAGAAAUCCAGCAGCAGCCACUUAAGGAAGAUUUGCUUUUAUUAGAAACCUAUAAAUGGGAAACGUCCUGCACACCAGUGGAUAUCGGAAUAGUUGGGAGGUGAAAUCAUCCUGCAAUAAAAAGGUCUGUAGUUACGACCUGCGUGGUUAAGUGAUGUACAUUACAUGCAGAGCCACUUUGCAGGCAGCAGAAUGAGGUUUUUCCCUUCUUUUAGUGUGGGUGAAUGUUUGAUGAAACAAGAGCUGGUAUAGUAACAGAGGGUGUACAUACAGACACUGGGUGUUCUCUGAGUCUCUUUAUGUGUGGAUACAUGGAUGUAAAUGCAGGCUGUAGGCUCUGGGCUGUGUGCUCCCAUAGGGCUGCAGUACUGGCAGUCCUCUGGAGUGGCUCUCAGCCCUUCACACACACACUGCUCACAGGAGGGUUUGGCCCAUGCCUUGGGAUUGCUUGGGCUGCAGUUUUGCCCAUAAUUAGGUUUUCUAGAAGCAUCAGAGCCAGUGCUGCUCUCCAUGUGAUUCAUCUUAUCCUUUUUAUAAACGGAGUCGUCCUCUGCACAGAAGAUGAAUGGAUGGUGGGCUGUGCUGGGAUUGUUUUCUUUCCUCUUGUCAGAUCUGCCCCAAAAGGCUCUGCAAACACUUCUCAGGACAACCACGUGUGUGGAUGCUCAGAAGCACAAUUGCUCUGAAGGUUCCUUCCUUCCCCAUCACCUGAGUGCAGCCGUUUCUCCCUCUCCUCUCACAAUUUGGGUUCUGUGAGCCAUUCCCAUGGCGUGUUUCAGUUUUGCUCUGUCUGUGGGGCUGAAAUGCACUCGGUGGAGCCUGCCAUGCCCUGCUGCUGAGAAGAGCUUUCUGAAGACGCCGAAGCCUCAGCCCCAGCCUUGACUGUGGAGCAGCACCUUGUAGGGGUUUGCAUUCCUCUAGAAGCUCUGAAAUUUGGCUUUGCAAGUGGAGGGGCUGGGAGAGCUGAGAAAGAAAAGAGCUCAGAGGAAAGGAUUCCCACUGGCUGUGCUCUGCAUGGCUGAGCUGCAGGCUCGCACUGGUCCUCCUGCACAGCUAUAGGAUGAGAAGGAAGAACACAAGUUUCCCUCAGUGCCACUACGGAUGUUCAAAGGUCCUCACCCGUAUCUGCACAGCCCAGGGCCCUGCACUGAAGUGAUGUCUUUAAUAUCUCUGUUCAGUGCUGGGUGACAGCAGUGCUGAUAGUGCUGGCAUUGCUGCUCCGGGAGGCGCUGGUGACGGAUGGCAGAAAUGAAGCGGUGCUGGAGCGCUGAGCAGCCAGCUGUGAAGGCAUCAGAGAGGAGAGGUCAUGCAGGGAAUUCACACCAGAAGUUUCCUCUCUUGAAUUGAAGCACAAAAUAAAUGUGGGCAGGCGAGCAGAGAUGGUUUUUCUGGUAUGAGCAUAAAUCUCUGAGCCAUAAGCUGAAUAUCCCCUGUAUAUCCCUUCACAAUUCCCUUCGUUGCUGUUGCCCUGUGCAGAGCUCAGUGCAUUGCAAGCCUUUGGCACCGCUCUGUCCCUGUGCUGCCAGCUCAUCCUGCAGAGCUGUGCUGGGGCUGAGCACCCAGGGGACCUCCUGCCCCAGCUGUGCCCACAGCAGUGUGCUGCCUGCAUGUUCCUCUGGUCUCCUUUGGAUGCACAUAAACUGGGAUGCUGCAGUUUCUGCUCCUUUGCUGGGAAGUGCUGCAGGAUCCUGGGGGCUUUAUGUCCCUCAUCAUCUCAUUUCUUGCUGUGUGAGGCAAUGGUG